AUGGCAACUGCUAAUAAGGCAUUUGUUUUACUUUCCUUGUUCGUCUUGAUCAGCAUUGUGUGUUUGCAUUCUUCAAUUGCCUCGGUCGCCGGACGACGGAGCGCUAGUUCUCCGCCGGUUACAUCAUCCACCCCGGGGUUGCUUACCCUAAAUAGUUUCGCUAGCGGCGGGGGAAGUGGACCCUCGGCAUGCGACGAGAGAUUCCAUAGCAACGACGAAAAGAUCGUCGCCCUUUCGACCGGGUGGUUCGCCGGAGGAUCAAGGUGUGGACGGAGGAUCCAGAUUAGGGCUAAGAAUGGCCGGAGCGUAUUUGCUAAAGUGGUGGAUGAAUGUGACAGUGUUCGUGACGGUUGUCGUAACAACAUUGUGGAUGCAUCUGAUGCUGUUUGGAAAGCUUUGAAGCUUAAUGAAGAUGAUGGGAUCGUCCCUAUUACUUGGUCCAUGGCUUGAUCAGGUGAAUUUUCCAGGUUCCACUUCCCCAUUGGAAAAGUCAACCUACAUGCAUGCCCUGAGUUGAAAUUCGAGAAAGUCAACCGAUGAAUCACGCUUUAUCUCUAUUACUAUCAAUUAUGUUGUAUUUUCGUUCAUGUUUCUCCCUACUAUUAGAUUUCUUUUUCUACAAAUCACGAUUGAGUUUGUUUCGAU